AUUUCAGUCUGAUUGAGACACACUCUUAGAAAAAUAAAGGGUACUUUUGUAAGGGAUAAAAAGCUAUUUUGCCACUGGGGGGCCUUUGCACUCUCUUUCCCUCUGUGUCUGCUGGCUGAAUGCGUGUAUGUGUGUGUGUAGUGUUUGAGAGAGUCGUGCACGUGUGUGUGUGUGUGUACAGUGUGGGGUGGGUGCACUCCGAGUGACCAAAAGCAAUCUGCUCUGGUCCAAUCAGUCUCAGUGCCUACCUUCACACAUAAGCGGCAGGGCACUCAGGUCUGCCAGAGCGCACAGACCUACACAUACACACACACCUACACACUUGUCACAUUCUUACACACACACACACACUUAACACACCCACCCUCCCUCUUCAAGGCACCCUGUGCGACCUCUCACCAUUGGCCGAGUCCCGGAGCCCUCAGCAUCUCCAUCACGGCUGAAGGGACCAUUCGGGAAAGCAGGAGACAGAGGUGGACAAUGAGGAUGCUCGUGCGGCUUGUGUUGGGACUCUUCGUCCUCAAAGCGGUAGUGGGCAGCCCAAGAUUUUCCCGACAAGUGGACCUGGACACAUACGACAGUGCCAACUAUGAUGUGGAUCUAGACAAUUUAAAUUUGGAGAACCAGGAUAUCUAUGACUACGAAGACGGGCUGACAAUUGAUGAUCCUCAGAUAGAGAUUGGAACGCUGGCCCCACCCGACUAUAACUACCCUAUACCUGAGGCCCCAGUGGAAGAACAAGAACAAGAAGUGGAGGAGGAGGAGGAGCAGGAGGAAGAGAUGCCUCUAAAACCCCAGCUCAUCCCUCAGGGGUCAGGGGGAUCUGGGGUUCUCAUGGGCCCAGACACACAGAAAGAGGUGGAGCUGCGUCUGACGCCCAUUGACAUCCUUCAUGUCUCCGGAGAUUUUGGGAGCUCUGUAGGGUCUGGGGCCUCUGGAGCUUCUGGGGAUUCUGGGUCUGGAGACUCAGGAGACCUACCGGUCUCUGGUGGUUCUGGGGGCUCUGGAGACAUUGUCCUGAUCUCCGGAGCCUCUGAAGAGCUCCUCAGCUCUGGGGGAUCUGGGGAAUUCUUGCUAUCUGGGGAUAUCGUGAUAUCUGGAGAUCUCUCGAUAUCUGGAGAUCUUUCAAUAUCUGGAGAUCCCUCGUUAUCUGGAGAUCUCUCAGGGUCCGGGGAUAUAAUAGGAUCUGAAAUUUCUGAAGUCUCUGGGGAACUUGGCUCUGGAGAGAUUUCCCCUGAACUCCCCCUGGGCUCUGGAGAGUCUGGGGACCAGUCUGGUUCUGAGUUCUCCGGAGAUCUCUUGAUCUCAGAGACCUCUGUAAGCUCUGGGGUUUCUGGGGACUCUGUUGAGUCCGGGGACCCAGGGAUAACAUUGUUAUCUGGAGAGGAGGAACUCAUUCCCACGACUAUCCCCAGUGAGACAUCAGGUGUUUCUGGGGAGUUCUCAGGAGCUUCAGGAACCUCAGGGGCCUCUGGGGAUCUUGGAGUCUCUGGAGACUUAGGGUUGUCUGGAGACUCUGGGGUUUCUAGUGUCUCUGGCUCUGGAGACGAAGAGGUCCCUGAGGUAACUCUGGUCCCUGACACUGAUAAAGAGGAGGGGCUGCUUCCGACUACCCCAGAGACCUCUCAGGAGGGUGCUGGCAGUGUAGAAGGGUCAGUGAGCUCUGGAUUGCCAGAGACUGAUGAACCCGAUGAGCCUGAUGAGCCCGAUGAGCCUGAUGAGCCUGAAGAGCCUGUGAUUGACAGGAAAGGUAUGCCCACUUGCUUGCUGUGCACGUGCCUUGGUGGUUCGGUCUACUGUGAUGACUUGAAGCUGGAUAGUGUGCCACCUCUUCCCAAAGACACCACUCACUUCUAUGCACGCUACAACAGAAUCACCAAGAUCAACAAGUCCGACUUCGCCUUCAUGAACAAGCUGAAGAAGAUCGACUUAACCGCCAAUGAGAUAACGUCCAUUGAUGACAAAGCAUUUUUGGGUCUGCCUGAGCUGAAGGAGCUGGUGAUUCGAGAAAAUCACAUCUCACAGCUGCCCGCACUGCCAGAGACCAUGACCCUGAUCGAUGCCAGCCAUAACAACAUUGGUAGCAAGGGUAUUCACCACGAGGCGUUCAAAGAUAUGACAAACCUGCUGUACCUGUACAUAACGGACAACCACAUUGAUUACAUCCCUGUGCCCCUACCGGACAGCCUGCGAUCUCUACACCUACAGCAUAACAAUAUUCAAAUGAUGCACGAGGACACGUUCUGCAACCUGAAAGAUUUCAGCUACAUCAGGAAUGCGUUGGAGGACAUCCGUCUGGACGGCAAUCCCAUCAACCUCAGCAGGACCCCGCAGGCUUACAUCUGCCUGCCCCGUAUACCCAUUGGGGAUCUUAUUUAACCACACAGACACAUACCUACACUCUUGCACACUGACUUCCACAAAAGCAACCACGUGCACACAUCUUUGUACAUAUUGACACAAGCACACACGCAGACAUGCAUACCAUUUAUCACCUCCUCAAACCAUCAAUUCAUUACAAUAAUGUAUUUCACAACUGUCAUAAAUGCUGCUGAUGUAUAUUACAAAUCAGUGAAUCUCAGUGUGGAAAUUUAUGCUUCAUAAACAACCACAAAUACAAAUUAUGAGUCUGGUGAUCAAGCACAUAUACACUGCUCUACUGCAACUUCUUCCUGUUGUUCAGAUUUUUAUGCCUGGUACAAUAAAAUAACACAUAUACACACUGAAACCGUCAAUCUCUCUCAUUCCCACCCAAAGUGCAUGUACACACAUACAAAUACACACACAUACACACAAGAACUUUCUCAAACUGCUCUGCAACUUGAUUAAAAGUAAACAAUAGGUGACAUUCAAACAAAUCGGUUUAUUAAAAACUCUUCAAAUGGCAUGUAUGUUUCUGUUCAGUGUCUGUUCAUGACUGGCAAGAAAAAAAACAACCAGUAAUAUUGUUUAAAUAUGUUUGUUUUGUAAAAAUAAAAAAUUAUAAUAUUAAUAUUAAUGACAGAUCUAACACUUUUGGAAAUGUAUACUAGCAUAAACUUAUUGAAGCUGGAGCUUAAUGAAAGGUAAAUUGAGUAUCUAAAGCAAUAAAAGACGCAUUUAAACACUAUCAUUUGUUGUAAAGUCUGUAUUGUAAUAUAAAAAU